UCUUUCGCUCGGGGUUCUGGAACGCUUAGGUUCCGCGUCCCUUCUGAGUCCGCGCUCGAGGCGGCAGGGGCUGCGGGCGCCCUCCUUCUGGCCCCUCCCUCAGCAGCACCUGCUCCCCGCAUGCACACGCACCCCCUACACCCGUGUCGAGCCAGGGUUAACGAGGAGGCACUUGAGGUCGUGUGAAAUGAUCCAUACCCACUUAGCCACUGACACACCAGGUGGGGUGGGGUGGGGUGGGACAGGCUGCUUGAAACUCGUUGGGUUUUUGCUAAAAGUGACCAGCUGCCUUUCCCCUGACUUUAUCCACUCUAAAAAAAACCGCACCCAGUCAGCUGGCUGGGUGACAUAUUCUCAAAAUACCGGCUGUUAUGUCUUUUCUUACCUAUUUCUGUUCUGUAACCAGCCAGAUGGGCGGGGUAUAAAUAAUACAUUUUUCUUCGCCUUUGCAAACCUUCGUUCGCUGCUCUUUAUUACCUCUCCAGUCUCCUUGACUGGCUCACUUUCUUUCCACAUCCAUGUCCACUGUGCUUUCUCCAUUCCCAAUUCUCACUGGCCAUUUGGGAAUCUUGUAUUGUAAGUCAUUGGGGUGGGGGGAGGGGAUAGUAGCUAGCUUGUUACUUGUUUGCAUUUCCCCCCCUUUCCAGCAUGAUGCUGGAACUUUCAUCCUUGUUCAUUUCAAACUCUCAAGCACUAGAGUUGCUUGGCAUUUGAGAAAUGCAUAUGGCGGAGACUGAUUUUUAAUCCUUUGUUAACAAACUUGUAAAGCUUGUUGGUGGAGCCUUUAUGGGUGUUUCGUGAAGUCAUGGUGCAGGAUCUGGUCCUUGCUUAAAGGCCUCAUUUUCAGUGAGAUGGAAAAUAUGUUUGAUACCAGAAACAUACAUUUCUAAUCAUAGGCAAAGGUCAACUGGGAAUAUGCAAGACUAAGGCUUGUGGCUGCAACAAUGAGCUGCGGGGUUCUUGCUGCAUCUGAACUAGGCCUAGAUGGUGGGAAGAAAGACUCCACCCCAGUUUUUGUGUGUGGAGGGAAUUUAUUUGUGUGGAAGAGCAUUGAAUGGAAGGGAAAGCCUAAAAGGAGAAUAGUCAGGACUUCCACAAAGGAGGAAGGUUAUCUUUAAAUGAUGGUGUGUACUGUAUCAUAUAUUUCAAAAUGUGAUAAGCCAGCCCUGAUGCAUUUGGAGGCUCUCUGGCUCACUCUGCUGGAUGAAGCCCUGAACAUCUGCUCUGAAGUCCUGCCCUGUGACAGCACCACUGCUUGCAUGUAUGCAACAGCCACAGAGUCAAGCUGUUAACAAUGGCAACAGGACAAAGUGAAUUUAAGAAAACAGUCUGUGAUCUUAAGUAUCUCUACUUGGAUAUCCAGUUGGUGCCGAUGGUUGUUCUGUGAUUGCAGCAUUACUUGAAAGCAAGCUCUGUAGUAGUUGUGCAGAUUGUUGAAGGACAGUUGCUCAUCCCAGCUCUGCUCACCUGUUCCGUUUCCUUCUGCUUGCUUCUGCCAACUUUCUUCAUCCACUGCUAUACCACCAUAACUAGCUACAUUGAUACCUCCUCUAUUCUGAACAGACUUUUAGCCUAUUGUGGGUAGAAAAGAGUAGGAUUGAGCUUUAUAUGCAGUUGUCAAGUGUUGAAUGAUGUGCUCGCGAAGCCCUCUGGGACUAAGGAAGGAAGGAAUAUGGUUAUGAUUGCAUCCAUGUCCUUGCUCUUCUAAAAGAGCAAAGGAGAUUGCAGGUGCCCAAGUUUGCGCAGUUACUGACAGAUCUUGAACUUGAUAUGAGCUGUGUCCACUGUUAAGACAUUGCAUCACACAGUUACAUUGCAUUGUUUUCAGGUACGGUAAAGAACAAAGUGGGGUCAUGUAACAAGGGCGUGUCAUUCUAAGCCUGCUCAGAGGGCAGUAAGAUCCACUAGAUUCCAAGGGACCAUGUCUGCAGUAGAGCCUCAAAAGACCUCCAUUGGAAGUUUUCCCCCAUUAUUAUUAUUAUUAUUAUUACUCAGCUGGUGGUAUUACAAAGGCUCACCUUGCCUGUGAUGUGCUUUAUGGCAAAAUUAUCUAUGUUUAUUUGGCAGCAAUCCCCAAUUUGUUCCUUGAUGUUCACUCUGCGAUAUGUGUGUUUAAGGAUUGUAACCUAAUAUGCGAUAACUUCCACCUCUGUUUUGUUUUGCUUUGCUUUUUAAAUCCAUGGGUCUCUUUUCUUUCCCUUUCAGCAAGAUGUUGCCUACCACAUCUCUUAAUUCCCUAGAUCAUGACAACGGCUCUUUAAACUCUAGGGAGGCAGCCAGGCACACAGCAGGGUUCAAGCGCUACAAAUACUUGAGGAGACUCCUUCACUUUCGGCAUAUGGACUUUGAGUUUGCUCUGUGGCAGAUGCUGUAUCUAUUCACUUCACCACAGAAAGUGUACAGGAACUUCCAUUACAGGAAACAAACAAAAGACCAGUGGGCAAGAGAUGACCCGGCUUUCCUUGUGUUGCUGAGUAUCUGGCUAUGCGUAUCCACCAUAGGAUUUGGCUUUGUGUUGGGCUUGGGCUUUGUUGAAAUGAUAAAGCUGCUGCUCUGGGUCAUCUUUAUAGACUGCGUAGGAGUUGGCCUUCUAAUUGCAACUUUCAUGUGGUUCAUCUCCAAUAAGUACUUGACAAAGCACCCGAACAGAGACUCUGACGUAGAGUGGGGAUAUGCCUUUGAUGUUCAUUUGAAUGCUUUUUAUCCACUUCUCGUCAUCUUACAUUUCAUACAGCUGUUCUUCAUCCAUUACGUAAUUUUAUUGAAUUCAUUUAUUGGCUAUUUCGUUGGGAAUACUUUCUGGCUGACUGCAAUUGGUUAUUACAUCUACGUAACAUUUCUAGGGUACAGUGCAUUGCCGUUCCUGAAGAACACCGUCAUCCUUCUCUACCCGUUUGCACUUCUCAUCCUGCUCUAUGUGGUUUCAUUAGCGAUGGGAUGGAAUUUCACAAAAAUGCUUUGUGUUUUCUACACGUACAGAGUGAAAUAAACUGCAGCCUUUAUAAUGGA